CUGGAGGAAGUUUAGGAUGUGGCAGUGCUUCCUCCUUUGUUCCAAUCUCUUAUAAAAAAAAGGGUGAUAAAAAAUAUCAGAGAAAGAGAGAGUGGGGGGUGAGAACGCUGAAGCCUGAAGGAGUAAGGGCGAGAGGGGAAAUGAGCUACGGGAACUCUUCGGAAUGGGUGGACAGGUAAAAGAAUAAACUGUCCGUAGAAUUAUUCUUACCUUUUCCACCCAUUCCAUUGGUUUCCUCUUAUCCUCCCUUUCGCUUACAUUUCCUGUUCUGCUUGAUUCCUUCAGUUUACUUUACCAGAAGCAACUAACGCACAGGCAAAGUGCCCCCAAACUGUGAGGGUGGAGGGAAAGGAGCGUUCUCUCAGCCAUGGCUGAACCGAACAGCACGGUGAAGUACGGGAUCGUAGGCGUGGGAAUGAUGGGCAGAGAGCACCUUAUCAAUCUGUACCAUCUUCGCACCGAAGGCGUGGUCGUUGUUGCUAUAGCUGACCCCUAUGUCCCUUCCCAACAGCUUGCCUUAGAAUUAGCUCAAUCCUUUGAUUGGCAACUCAAGGUUUUCUCAGGACACCAGGAGCUAUUGGACAGUGGUCUCUGUGAUGUAGUGGUUGUCUCAACUCCAAACAUGACCCACUACGAAAUCCUUAUGGAUAUCAUCAAUUACCCGAGACCCCAUCAUGUCCUGGUGGAAAAGCCGUUGUGCACCACAGUCGCUCACUGCAAAGAGGUUGUAAAUGCUGCUAGAAAGAGGCAGGAUAUGCUUGUGCAAGUUGGUCUGGAGUACAGAUACAUGCCACCUGUUGCUAAACUGAUAGAAAUAGUUAAGGGCGGAAAUCUUGGACCAGUGAAGAUGGUGGCAAUCCGUGAACAUCGCUUUCCUUUUCUGGUUAAGGUCAACAAUUGGAACCGGUUCAACGCUAACUCAGGGGGAACACUGGUAGAAAAGUGCUGCCACUUCUUUGAUCUGAUGAGGCUGUUUGCAGGGGCGAAUCCUGUUCGUGUAAUGGCUUCUGGAGCUAUUGAUGUUAAUCACAAGGAUGAAAUAUAUGAUGGAAAGGUACCAGAUAUUAUUGAUAAUGCAUAUGUUAUUGUUGAAUUUGACAAUGGUUCUCGAGGGAUGCUUGACCUUUGCAUGUUUGCUGAAGGCAGUAAAAAUGAGCAAGAAAUAUCUGUUGUUGGUGACAUUGGGAAGGUGGAGGCCUUUGUUCCUGAGAGUAUAGUGCGUUUUGGUGCCCGAGUGGCAGGGAGAGAUGGUGUCCAAACUUCAAAAGCUGAGGAUAAUCGAAUAAAGUACGAUGGGCUGCAUCAUGGGUCUAGCUACUUAGAACACCUUAACUUCUUGUCUGCAAUUCGAGCUAAAGGCGAGCAAGCUCCUGCCGUGGGUUUGCAAGAUGGUUUAAUUUCAGUUGCUAUAGGAGUUGCAGCACAGCUCUCCAUAGAGAAGGGCCGAUUUGUUAUGAUUGAGGAAGUCAUGGAUGAACAUAAAUGCGAUUGAAGUAUCUAUCCAAGAUGGGAAAUUCUCUUCCCUAUAUGUAUGGGAAGAAGGGCGUUUGAUUAUGGAUUCAAAACCCAUACAACGAAUGUUUAACUUGCCAAUAAUAGAAUGUUGCGAUUGAAGUUGGAACAAAGUUAUUUUAACUGCAUAAAUGCCAGAGUAUAACAUGGAAAUUCUAUUAGCUUGUAUAA